AUGGCUGUCCAAGGUGACAGGUCCAUAUCUCAGCUGGAUGAGCUGAUAGCUGUCCCAGGAGCAGAGGUGACCAUCCCCUGUCAUUACCCGCAGGAGGCCAUAGGGGCAGCACAGAAAGUCACCUGGUAUAGAGGAGACAAUGAGCUUUGCUCACAAGAGAAAUAUGAACUCUACACCUGGGACCAGCAACACAGAGAUGAGCGGUACUCGCUGGUCAGUUUCCCCACAGAUGUCUCACUGCGCAUACAUAGAUAUGACAGCUCUUCUUACACACAUUACUGCUGCAGUGUGACCACCAGCAAUGGAACAUUCACAAGCAGAGCAAGUACAGAGCUGGUCAUUGCAGAUACAUCGUCCUCCGCAAAACUUUAUGUUAUGCAGCCAAACAAUAUCACAGCUGACACUGGAGGUUCCGUGACUCUUAACUGCUCAGGCACUUUUGCCCCUUAUCACAGAGCUAGACAUUCCCUCUCACUCAAUAUUUAUUGGAGAGUGAACAGCACAAGUGGCCCUUACGCCUACCACCCCCACCAGGAAAUGAUCCAUCCCAGGUAUAAGGGAAGAAUUGAGAUAUUAAAAGUAGCAGAUCUCCACAUACAGGGGGUGCAGGCAGAAGACAGCGCUACCUACUACUGCUUUAUGAUCAUCACGCGGUGUGUAUAUGAAGAAAGAACACUACUCGUGGCUUCACAUGGAGAAGGAACCAGUCUGAUCGUGAAAGAAUCUUCUCACAAGUCACCUGGGAAAGGACGUAAUCUGGUGAUCGCUGUGUCCGUCUCUUUUUCUUUCAAACUGAUCGUCAUAUGUGUGAUGGUUAUCUACACAACGGGAACAGAACCAAGAACUAGAGCCGGCAUUUGACAGCAAAGAAGUUAUCGGGAAACGGGGAUAUGGAGAGUGGACAGAAGGAGGAUGGAGAUGAUGAAAGUAGUAGAGAAGAGAAUAGUGACGGCUGUCAGUGGUUUACCUCAGGGUCAUGAAAGAAAUCCCGGACAUCUGUCACCUGACCCAUAUAUAGGUGCUCAUACACAGCACCAAUUACACUAUGGCACUUUUUUUCUUUUCAUCAAAGUGAUUGAGUUUAGCUGUGACAUUCUAUAUAAAUGUGUGUGUGUAUAUAUACUGUGUGUAUAUAUAUAUAUAUAUACAGAUGGAGCCACAAUCAUCUUGGCUUCUCUGCUGCACCUAGGUGCACCAAGGUUAAUUAGCAUAACCCUUUCAUCUAUUGUUCUCAGCAGUGGCGGAAGUUCGUCCCAGUCACCCGGAGGCAUGAUAAAUGUUGGUGCCCCCCUACAUAUACAAACAUAUACCAUAUGUAGCUAUCCGGCACUAAGGGUGAACAGUAGCAGCGUGCUCAGGUACCUUUCCCAAUAGUAAUAUAGAUACACAUAGAAAGUGGACGCUCUCCAAGUCAGUCUUUACAAUAAAACAGACACCAGCAUACCUUUAUAGUACACCUACAGUGCUCCCUCACUCGCAAGCAGGUCUCAAUGGAGAUGCUUUGGCGCAGCGGUGUGCCGAUUUAAUUAGUGUUCACUCUAGGAUUUUUUUUAGGGCAGGGUGCUGAUCGUGGGGAGGGCACAUUUCUGAAUCGAUCCGGCCUGGUGGAAGGGGGGAGUGCCUCCCAAGCCAUUGUUCUCACCACACGUCACUGUAAAGGUCCCCUGUGAUUGUGCCAUCUUCACACUAGCUGUGGAGCUUCUAUUGAGUAAAUAAGUCUGUGGUGUGUCCUCCAGGGUUGCUUUGUCCGUACAUCAAGGGGCUUCUGUGUCCAUCCAGGGGUGCUAUGUCCAUACAUCAAGGGGCUUCUGUGUCCAUCAUGGGGUGCUCUGUCCGUACAUCAAGGGGCUUCUGUGUCCAUCCAGGGGUGCUCUGUCCAUACACCAAGGGGUUUCUGUGUCCAUCCAGAGGUGCUCUGUCCGUACAUCAAGGGGCUUCUGUUUCCAUCCCAGGGUUGUCCAUAUGUGUUGUCCAUAUAGGGGCUGCUGUGUCCAACAAGGGGCUGCUAUGUCUGUGCAUGGGUUCAUUGUCCAUCCAUCAAUGGGCUGCUGUGUCCGACAAGGAGCUGCUGUGUCCAUCCAAAGGUACUGUCAAUCUAGAGGUGCUGAGCCCUAUUGAAAUAAAAAUAAAAGCUAAAAAUUAAAAAAAUAAAAUAUAUUUAUCAUUUAUAUAUACUGCAUGUAUCAUAAACGUAUUGUGACACGUUAGGCAGUACCACAACUGUAGGUGGUCCUUUGUUGUACAUAAAGGUUUGCUGUGAUGUCCAUCAAGGGGCUGCUGUGUCCAACAAGGGGCUGCUGUGAACGUCCAU